CUACCUGUCAACUCUCGCAUAUAUAAAACACAGAUGCUGGCACAAGUCAAGUCAGUCACUUAUUGUUCAGCAGCUAGCAAGCAUCAGCAUGUUCCUGUCACUGCUUUUAUCAAGUUUCUUGUGCGUUCAAGGCACCACCUACAUGACAGUCAACACACACAUGGAAUCAGCUCUGCCUGCACCUCGAGUGCACAAUGAGCAACUGGAGAUGGUUGAAUUACUGGACCUGGGUGACAGAACCAGACGCAUGGAGGCACCGAAAUUGCAUAACUCGGCCUCAAAGUUUUUGCUGGAAGUGUACAAUGAGAUUAACGAGGAACAGGAGCCACUGGAGGUGCUGCAUCAGCGGCACAAGCGCUCUGUGGACGAUGACAUACUGGUCACAAAUGCGGAUCGACAGGAGAUUGCCAGCUGCAAUAGUAUCUUGACGUUUUCCAGUCGCCUCAAGCUGCAACCCAAAGUGCCGAGCAAUGUAAUGGAUCUGCAUAUUAGCUUCAAUACAAACGAUGUGCCCAGGGAUCUGCAGUUGGUUCAAGCCAUGCUACGUAUCUAUAAGCAGCCCUCCGCACUGGGAAUGCAGCGACAGAACUUUACUGUGUCCAUUUACAGGAGAAUCUACAGUCAUCAGGAAAUGAAUGACGACGAGCCUGUCUAUCGCAUACUGCACUCGGUGAAUACCACAAGCAAUUACAAGGGCUGGCUGGAGUUUAAUCUAACGCAGACACUGCACACUUGGUUGCUGCAGAACUUCCAGCAGUCGCAUCGCCAUGAGCUACGCAUCUCUGUGUCAGCUCUGGAUGGGGAGCACUUGAGUGCUUUAGUCUCCGGUCUAGUGCCGCCCCAACAGGCAACAUCACGGUCCAGCCUGGAGCCCUUUAUUGUCGGCUACUUCAAUGGUCCCGAGCUGUUGGUCAAGGUACAAAAACUGCGCUUCAAGAGAGAGCUGAACAAGCGCAAGGCAACUCUGCCAAGUGGACACCAUUCGCAUCCACAUGCACAUCCGCAGGGUCCGCCACCGAUGCCCGAUCUCUACAAGCCGCCGCAACAAUGCGAGCGUCUUAAUUUUACUGUCGACUUCAGGGAACUGCAAAUGCACAACUGGGUCAUAGCACCCAAGAAGUUCGAGGCGUAUUUCUGCGGUGGUGGCUGCAAUUUUCCUUUGGGCACCAAAAUGAACGCCACGAAUCAUGCGAUUGUGCAAACCCUGAUGCAUCUGAAGCAACCGCAUCUACCCAAGCCAUGCUGUGUGCCCACUGAGCUGGGUGCGAUAACCAUACUGAGAUAUCUGAAUGACGAUAUUAUCGAUUUAACCAAGUACCAAAAGGCGGUGGCAAAGGAGUGUGGUUGUCAUUAAUGUGCUUUGAAUCAAGGAGGCGUAGUUUUUAAUUUCAACAUGAUCUUUUCAUUUCAACAUGUUCUUUUUAGAGAGUAAGCAAUUUUUGUUAGUUUAGUUGUAGACGUAGUGUUGAAAUAAUAAAUAUAAAUUUGGAAAAAUAAUAUAAAAUUUUUGAGAAAUUCAAAAUUUUGCAUAAAAGAAAUGCUUUCAAAACAGAUAUAUUUUGAUCUGUACACUCGGCGUAUUCGGGCACAUUCGGCGAAUUCGGGACAUAUGACUUUGUGAAUACAUUCAGCGAAUGGGUUCCAUUUACUCAUUGUUCCCAAUGCGCCGAAUGAGCCCGAAACGUUGAAUUUGCGGUAUGCUUAUAGAGAUUGAAUAUUAAGCAUUCCCAAUCCACGGAAUAGGCGGACUAUCAACGAGUAUUUCCAACUCCUGGAAGCACAUUGCGGUUGUUUGGUACUCAGAAUAUAGCUCUGGGAAAUAUAUUGGACGCAGCCACAUGACAUUAUCCGCAUGGAUUAGAAAUAUUUAAAGGAGCAAUAUACGGAACAAUUCAAGAAAUGAUUAUGAAUAAUAUGAUAAUUAUGAUAAUUUGGAUCUUCUCACUUUUAUUUCGUGUACUUAAAAAAUUACCAAGUACGGCAAAUAUUUUGGAGAUAUUUGAUAUAACUGCAGUCGAAUUCAGAGAAUUUUUAAUGAUUUGGAAUAAUGCUUUGUGAAUAAUGUUGGAUUUAUUUAAUAUUGAAAUUUUUAACCAUAUUUGGAUGUUGCUUAUUAUGUGAACCGAAUCGCAUUUUAUACGAGAUAUUUUACACAUUUUCACUUUGUAUUUGCAUUCAGCGCAUUGGGUAUAUUAGAUAUAUUAUGGAGAAUUCACAAGUAUUCAUGGACAAGAAUGAAUUACUAUGACACAAAUGGAAACUUGUUACAAAAGGAAAAUAUAUAUAAAAAUACAGGAAUAGGUGACAUAAAUUAUAUGGAAGUCUUGGAAACUUUUCAUGGUGUACAAUAUUCAACAAAUAAAAGCUACAAAUCGCAAGCAAUUAUGACAUUUAACAGGCGUUAUUAAAUUUCGAAAUAUUUGGAGAAUCACGAAAUGCAUUUAGCGCAUUGCGAAUAUUGGUAUAUUCGGUACGUGUGAAGAAGAAAUUUAUAAUACAAUGUUAUACAGAUAGCUAUUUUCGAUGUUCUGCAAGUAGAAUUGAAUGACAAAAUUACAGCUCAAAAUGGUAUUACUAGCAGGUUAAUAAAAUUAAGAAUUAAAUGGAAGACAUUCGAAAGGCAUUCAGCGCAUUAGCUAUAAUGUAUAAUAUUACAAACAGUACAUAUCUGUGCUUCAAAACAAAAAUACAUAUCUCUGAUGGCAUUGCUAUAAAAAUAUUAUGAAAUUUCAACAUUUAUUUAAAUAGGAUAAAUAAAUAGGAUAUUAUGCGUGAAGUAACGUGGCGCUUUUAGCAGUAAAUAUGGAAUUCACAAAUCACAAAAUAAUGUAAGAAAGCUAUGAAAUUAAUGUUUUUGAGCAAUCAAUCUGAAUUAAAAAUUAAAUUUACCCAAUGCUAAUCAUUAUGAAAUAAAUGUGGAGGCGACAAAUUA